AUGAACCAUCACCAACGGCGUGAGUCUUUCUCGGUAACUAUCUCUAACAUGGGAGGUGGUUCAACGGUGGUUUGUCCUAACACCGACCUUCUUUGGCCAUUUGGGAAGCUCAGCGGUCUAGAUGGAAAUGAUAUACGUGAAACGGCUUAUGAGAUCUUCUUCACGGCUUGUAGGUCAUCACCAGGGUUUGGAGGUAGGACUGCUCUCUCAUUCUACUCUACGCACAACGACAAUCACGGAGAAGGAGGAGGAGGAGCAGCAACAUCAGGCGGUUCACCUGGUGUUGGCUCUGGUUCAGGGUUUGGGUUUUCUGGGAGGAAAGAGGUGGUUACAACCCCGACGAGCCGGGUGAAACGUGCUCUAGGUUUGAAGAUGCUUAAACGGUCUCCGUCCAGGCGAAUGUCUACGAUAGGAGCCACUGGAGGAGCCGGGACAACUUCGUUGUCACCCGGUAGUGGCUCGGGACAAGUUAGCCCUGGAGCCGGAUUCUUGACGGUCCAGCCUUCUCGGCCUAGAAGGCCGUUGACAUCGGCGGAGAUCAUGAGACAACAAAUGAGGGUGACAGAACAGAGUGAUAGUCGGCUUCGUAAAACCUUAUUGAGAACGCUUGUUGGUCAAACGGGUAGACGAGCAGAGACGAUUAUUUUGCCGUUAGAGCUUCUCCGACACUUGAAAACAUCAGAGUUCGGCGAUGCAAACGAGUACCAGGUCUGGCAACGAAGACAACUCAAAGUCCUUGAAGCUGGUCUUCUCCUUCACCCAUCGAUUCCUCUAGACAAAACCAACAACAACGCGAUGCGUUUAAGAGAAAUCGUCAGACAAAGCGAGAACAAAACCAUUGACACAAGCAAAAACGCAGACACAAUGAGAACGCUAUGCAACGUAGUCGUGUCUUUAUCUUGGCGCAGCACUAAUGGAAACCCUAGCGAUGUUUGUCACUGGGCUGAUGGUUACCCUCUCAACAUUCAUCUGUAUGUGGCGUUGUUGCAGUCGAUAUUCGAUGUUAGGGACGAGACGUUGGUGCUCGAUGAGAUCGAUGAGCUUCUAGAGCUAAUGAAGAAAACUUGGUCAACACUAGGGAUCACAAGACCGUUGCAUAAUCUAUGUUUCACUUGGGUUUUGUUUCAUCAAUAUGUUGUGACUUCGCAAAUGGAGCCAGACUUGCUCGGUGCAUCGCACGCUAUGUUAGCUGAAGUUGCUAAUGACGCUAAGAAACUUGACCGCGAAGCUCUCUAUGUAAAACUAUUGACGUCAACACUGGCAUCUAUGCAAGGAUGGACCGAGAAAAGGUUAUUGAGCUACCAUGAUUAUUUCCAAAGAGGAAAUGUGGGACUGAUAGAGAAUCUGCUUCCAUUGGCAUUAUCAUCAUCAAGAAUCUUAGGAGAUGAUGUGACAAUUUCUCAAGGGAAAGGCGAUGUGAAACUGAUUGAUUAUUCAGGAGAUCGUGUGGACUUUUACAUAAGAGCCUCUAUUAAAAAUGCAUUUUCUAAGGUGAUAGAGAACACGAAAGCUAAGAUCGCGGCAACAGAGGAAGGAGAAGAAGCAGCUGCAACGCUAUUGCAGCUAGCUAAGGAAACUGAGGAGUUGGCAUUAAGAGAACGUGAAUGUUUCAGUCCUAUACUCAAGAGAUGGCACUCGGUUGCUGCUGGUGUCGCCUCAGUGUCGCUUCACCAAUGCUAUGGUUCAAUCUUGAUGCAAUAUUUGGCAGGGAGAUCGUUUAUCUCGAGAGAUACUGUUGAUGUGUUGCAAACGGCAGGGAAGCUUGAGAAGGUUUUAGUGCAGAUGGUGGCUGAAGAUACAGAAGAAUGUGAUGACGGUGGAAAAGGGUUGGUUCGAGAGAUGGUUCCUUAUGAAGUUGAUUCAAUAAUAUUGAGGCUUAUAAGACAAUGGAUUGAAGAGAAGCUAAAGGGAGUUCAAGAGUGUUUGUUUAGAGCAAAAGAAACUGAAACAUGGAACCCGAAAUCCAAAUCAGAACCAUACGCUCAAUCUGCUGGAGAAAUGAUGAAGCUAGCAAAGGAUAUAAUCGAUGAGUUUUUCGAAAUCCCCAUCGGGAUUACAGAGGAUUUAGUGUAUGAUCUUGCUGAAGGAUUGGAACAACUUUUUCAAGAAUACACUACAUUUGUUGCAUCUUGCGGAUCGAGACAAAGUUACAUACCUACAUUACCUCCUCUUACAAGAUGCAACCGAGAUUCAAGAUUCCUUAAACUAUGGAAGAGAGCUACACCAUGUACCGCCUCCGGAAAAGAUUUCAGCCACAUCGCACCAGCCUCCGACGGCCAUCAUCCACGGCCUUCCACAAGCCGCGGAACGCAGCGUCUUUACAUCCGUCUCAACACAUUGCAUUUCCUAAGCUCUCAUAUCCAUUCGCUGAACAAAGCACUCUCAUUAAACCCGAAGGUACUUCCCGCAACACGAAAACGUUACCGCCACCGUAACAACAGCACCUCCUCUUACUUCGACUUCACCUACGCGGGCAUCGAAUCCGCUUGCCAGCACGUCUCAGAAGUCGCGGCUUACCGUUUGAUCUUCCUCGACUCGAACUCUGUUUUCUACGAAAGUCUUUACAUAGGAGAAGUCACGAGCUCGAGGAUCAGACCAGCUUUACGAGUCACGAAACAGAACUUAACGUUAAUGUCGGCGAUUCUUGCGGACCGGGCUCAAGCGCUAGCGAUGAGGGAGGUUAUGAAGUCGUCUUUCGAAGCGUUCUUGAUGGUGUUACUCGCUGGAGGGUACUCACGAGUGUUUUACAGGUCGGAUCAUAGUUUGAUCGAGGAAGAUUUUGAGAACUUGAAAAGAGUUUUCUGCACUUGUGGUGAAGGGUUGAUACCUGAGGAAGUUGUGGAUAGAGAUGCGGAGAUUGUGGAAGGAGUGAUUCAGCUGAUGAGCCAGCCUACUGAACAGCUUAUGGAAGAUUUUAGUAUUGUGACGUGUGAAACAAGUGGAAUGGGUAUGGUUGGAUCAGGACAUAAGCUACCGAUGCCUCCGACCACUGGAAGGUGGAACCGUUCGGAUCCGAACACUAUCUUGAGAGUUCUUUGUCAUAGAAACGACCGUGUUGCUAAUCGGUUUUUAAAGAAAUCAUUUCAAUUGCCUAAAAGGAGGUGAGAACUAUAAAAAGGAGAAAACAAAAAAAGAAUUCAACUGAAGAAAAGAAAAAUGUUUAUGUUGAUAACUAUAAGCCAUGAGAACUUAAAAAAAUAUGAUUUUUUCUGCUGAUUUGUAAUGUUUUUUUCAUUGCUACAGAGGUUGAAGAAAAAUCAACAGAGUUGUCUUAUUAUUAAUUCCGAUAA